AUGGCUGGCACCGGAAAGUCUACCAUAGCUCUGACGGUUGCUCGUGAACAAUAUGAACACCACCAUCUGGGCGCGAGCUUUUUCUUCUCAAGAGGUGGAGGGGGGCGUUCCUCAGCCCGCAGCUUCCCGGCUACCAUUGCAGCUCAACUGAGAGAGUUCUCCCCAGAGCUGAAAAAAUGCAUCAACGAUGCUGCAGCGGUCAAUCCUCGGAUUCGAACCUUAAUGCUAUACGACCAGUGGAAAAAGCUUGUUAUAGAGCCACUCUCGCAUAUGAGAAACAGAUCAUUUCCAAGCCCACUUCUUUUGGUCAUUGACGCCUUAGACGAAUGUGAUGAUGGCGCAUUGUAUGGCGAGACGGCAUUUUCGGCCUUGGUUCAAUGUCUCAAAGAUAUCACAACGAUCAAGGGUGUUGAAGUUCGAGCUUUCGUCACCAGCAGACCAGAUGGAGCAAUCAAACUGGGGUUCCAGCGCAUCCUGAACAAAGAAUUCCAAGGAUUUGCUCUCCACAAUAUCGAGCGAUGGAUUGUGGAUGAAGACUUGACUACGUUUUACAAAACUAGGCUCACCGACGCCGCCGUUGAGCUGAAUCGUGCUGACUUGAAAUGCUCCGAUGAGGCCAUCAAACACUUAGUUGAGAAGUCUCACGGGCUCUUCAUUUAUGCUGCCUUGGUGUGCAAAUAUGUCUGUGCUGGGGGGGUUACCGCUCAUUACAAGCUAUCUGACCUGCUGGCCGCUGGCAACAAUUCUGUUAAGGCGGAAAUCGGACUCGAUCGACUUUACACUACGGUUCUGGAAAGCUCGUUCGCGACAAUUAUAGACUCUGACGACAGAGUGGCCGCGCUGGGCUUGUUUCAUCGAGUUAUUGGAUCCGUUGUCAUACUGUUCGAUGUAAUGACGGCUCCCGAUUUGGCGAUGCUACUUGGAGAACCAGAGGGCCAAGUUCUCACAGUCCUAAGCUGCCAGGAAUCGGUCAUAGAUGUCACAAAACAUAACGGCCCGAUUAGGCUCGUGCAUCCAUCAUUUCGUGAUUUUCUUCUAGACUCUACCAGAUGUCUUCAGUCAGACUUUUUAGUUGACACCAAAGAGGAACACGGUCGCCUCUUCAGAUGCUGUGUUCAACUUAUGAAAGACCACUUACGUCGCAACAUGUGUAUGUCCUCACAGCCUGCAAUCAAUCCACGAGAUCACAUUUCCAAGUCGGACAUGAGAAAGAAUAUUCCCAUUGCUGUUCAAUAUGCGAGUUGUUAUUGGAUACAUCACUUACGGCGAAGCGCCAUCGACCCCACGGAAGAUGGGGAUAUAUUGGAAUUUUUCCAAUAUAGAUUUAUCUACUGGCUGGAAGCUUUGGCUUUGAUAGCUCGCUUAUCUGAGGGUGCUCUGAUGAUGGAUAUCUUGGCAGAAAUGGUAUCGGUAAGUCAUUCCAAGGUUCUUAUUCGCAAAUACGAAGGUGAUGUUAAUUUAUCGCAGAUCCCGAAUACUAAUACUACACCUCGGUCUUCUCAGAAUCGGCUCACCAGAAAGCUAAUGGACAAGUUGAAGAUGACUGAAAAGCCUGCAAAGCCUCCAAAGCCUCACAAAGAUACACCAACUCCUUUGCAUCUUGUACUCAUGGAUGCGAAACGGUUUCUUCGGAGUCAUAUAUCAACCAUCGAGGAUGCGCCCUUGCAAUUGUAUUCCUCGGCAAUACUGUUCAGUCCCACAUCGUGUAUUACACGUCAACGUUAUCAUCAUGAAAUUCAGGGAUGGACAUUGCCCAACCCUGGUCUUUCUGAGGUAUGGGCACAGCAUAUCCAACGAUUCGAUUGCGAAGGUCCAGCCAAAGACGUGGUAUUUUCGCAAGAUGGUCGCUUGUUUGCCGCCGCAUUUUCCACAGGCUUCGUCUAUGUUUGGGAAGCAACAACAUUCACACAGGCGAAAAAAUUAGAUGCAAAUGCGGAAGCUAUCGUUUCAGUGGUAUUCUCACCUGAUGGCUGCCUUGUUGCCAUUGUGGAUGGAGUUGGUAUCAUCUCACUCUGGGAUCUGACGACGUCAAGCCGGUUACCCUUUCGGGGGGAGCCUGGGAAAGUUCUCGAAGUGGCGUUCCUGUCCAAUGGCAAUCUUGUGGCUUCUUAUCUUCCUGUGAUUUACAUAUGGGACGUUGAUACGGGUAUGAAGCUGCAUACGCUGAGAUAUUCAGACUUUGAGCACUUGCCUAUCGGGAGAAAGCUAUCCAUUGAUUGCACCAUCAUAGACUUCUGCGCGAAGCCCACGAGAAUCGAAAUCCGAGAUAUGAUGACAGGCACAAUCAGACGGUCUUUCGAAUGCCCCGGGCUUCUUCGUGACAAACGAAAAGCAGUUCAAGUUUCACCCGAUGGCAAUCUAGUUGCCUUUGAAUGUCACCAUGCUCCAGAUAACUGCGCUCUCUUGAAUAUUAAAACUGGAGAAACAAGAUUUUGGAGAUCGCGGCUUCCUUAUUCUAAUAACGAUUGUCUGCGCUUUGCAUUCUCACCCGACAGCAAGUUGAUUGCUGUUGCAAGUGUCCCGGACAUUGAGAUCUUUCAAGUUGCUACUUGGAAGAUAUUACAAUGUCUCCAGAUUCCCGAAGGUCUUGCUUCAAGUAUCACAUUCUCACCUAGUGGAAAUAUUUUGGCCUCCGGAUGUGAGUUUGGGUCAAUCGUUCUUUGGGAUGUCAGAACUUUUGAAGAAUCCCGCAAGUCACAGAAUCAAAAUUCAUACCCCAGAGGCAGAGCCACUUCAGUCGAUGUCAAUGGCUUAGCAGUAACGUCUGACCACGGUGAAAUUUUCUUUUGGGACACAGAAGCACAAAGAUGCCGGGCUAUGAAGGACCAGGAAGACCGCUCCAACAACUCUGGCAUAGCUUUAUCACCCGGGGGUAAGCUAUUAGCUUCCACCCAAGCGGACGGGAAAACCUACCUUUGGGACACAACAACCGGCGCACGAAGACAUGUCCUCAAAAUGAGAACAGAAGAGCUUGAGUGGAACUCUGCGCUGCAAUUUUCACCAAACGGGAAACUCUUGGCCACUGCGACAUGGCCAGAAGUGGUAACAAUCUGGGAUACAACCACUGGGAAAAAACAGCAUGACAUUGUCUUCCGCGAGCAAGAUACCGGGAGUAGCCAUCACAAAGCUUCACCAAUCGUGUUCUCAUCUGAUAAUAAUCUCAUAGCCUUUGCAUGUGCUUCCCAUACUAUUAUUUAUAUGUGGGAUCUCAGAAAGAAUAUCGCAAUUCCAAAGAUCGAGUUCCGCUGCAGCCACCGCAAGCUCAGACGCGUCAUCGUUUACGAUCAGAUCAUUGCUUUAGCUUUCUCUCCAGAUGGUAAGCGCCUGGCCUCAAUAUCUUCGGGUGACGGUCUUUGCCUCUGGGACACAGCAACAGGGAAGAGAUUGUGGUAUCACGAUUCCCCCAGCUUACCAGGCGGACCAUUGGUAUUUUCGCCAAAUGCAGAACUCAUAGCUUGUCAAGAAUCCUCCUCGAUAAAACUGUUAGAUGUGAAAUCCGGCACACUGCAGCAUGAUAUCCAUACUCCAUGUCAUAUAGAUCAUUUUUUCUUUUCCGGCGCAGGUCUUACGACAAAUCGCGGGUCCCUUCCACUGACUACUGACGAUUCACAAGCAAUUUUUGUUUCCGAAGAUUGGAUAAUGGUAGGAGGACAACGAAAUGUUUACAUUCCUCCAGAUUACCGAAGAUUAUUUGCGUUUGUUUCUGGUGAUGCGAUAGUGUUCUUUGACAGCUCAAACCAGCCCCAGACCGUGCGCUAUAUUCGCCCUUAG